AUGCACGGUUGGAUAAAGAUUACUCUUAUAUUAUGUCUAUUCGGCACUUUAAGAGAGAUUCGUCCCUCAGAACCCUUUGUAACAGAGUUUUUGCUUGGAAAGUGGAGAAAUAUUACAGAAUCUCAAUUGAACCGUGAUGUUUAUCCUGUGGGAACGUAUUCCUAUCUAGGACUUUUAGUCAUCGUAUUUUUAAUCACAGAUUUCUUACGAUUUAAACCAGUCAUUAUUCUCUCAGGUAUAAGUGGAAUAGCAGUGUAUGCAGUAUUACUAUGGACUACAAGUUUAGAAUGGCUACAAGUGUCUCAAGUUCUAUAUGGAAUUUACAUGGCAACAGAAGUUGCAUACCUCACAUACAUUUAUGCAAAGGUGGACUCUUCAAAGUACCCUAAAGUGUCAUCCUACACUCGCAUGGCCGCACUAACUGGUCGUUUUCUCUCUGGAGUGAGCUCCCAAUUAUUAACUCACUUUAAUAUAAUGGAUCUUCGGGACCUUAAUUACAUAACACUUGCAGCUCAAAUUCUGGCUACGUUUUGGGCGUUUUGGCUGCCUCCAGUACCAUAUGGAAUAUAUUUUCAUCGACGGUCAAUUUCCAGUACUACGCAAUCGGAUAUACCGAUCGAAAAACAAGCACCACAAGACGGGUACGAUUCUAAAUCAUUCCGGUCUCAAAUUUCCGAAGCUACUGUAUUAAUAUAUCGCCACGCACGCAGCGCAUACUCCCGACCCAAAGUUGUAGCGUGGUCUGCCCUUUACGCAGUGGCACUCGCACUGUUUGUACAGUCACAGACUUAUAUGCAACUAUUGUGGAAAAGGAUACGGGGUGAUGACGAAGAAAUGGAACUAUACAAUGGGGCAGUAGAAGCACUCCAAACGGCAUUUGGUGCGGCUGGUGCAUUCCUAGCUUCAUACUGGACCUACGCUGUGUUGCCAGCGCCCAUCGCCGCUGUACAGGGUGUUGCCAUGUUCCUAGCGACGUAUGUUAAUGAUAUCACCACAUCAUAUACUGGCUACAUAGUUAUGGGCAUGCUGUUUCAUUAUACAAUUACACUGGCAAGUGCCAAAAUAGCAAGCCAACUAAGUGACGAAAGUUGUUUUGGAUUGAUAUUUGGUAUCAACACCCUAAUUGGUACAGGACUACAGUCUAUUUUGACUUUAGUCCUAAUACAAACCCUAGAUUUACCAAUUCAUGCGCAAUAUUAUUUUAUAAGCGGAUUUUUCUUACUACUUGCUUCAUUUUGGCUUCUUGGCUGCAUAAUCCAUUUUUUUAAACAGAAACAUAGUAUUAAUUUAAACCAGUAUUAA